GAGCACCGGGGCUGGUGGCGUGAGCCUGUAUGGGUGCCCACCCACGUGGACUGGCCUUCCCACGUGGUGCAGGAGCCUUCCCUCUGCGCUUCCUGCAGCAGCACCGACGAAUCUCAGCCGUCCAUCUUGCAUGAAGGGAGCCUGCCAGAAGAUCCUCGUUGUAGUGUGCCUCGCUGCAGUGUGGAGAGCCACGUGGUGCGGCUACAGACACUCCCACUGUUCGAUUUCAACCGGCCGUUGUGGCAAGUGCAUCUCCUGCCCACCUGUGCACACAUCCCUCGCCCCACUGCUGUCUUCCGCAUCCACCACGUGAUUGGCGAUGGCACGUCCCUCAUGUGGCUCCUCUCCAGCCAAUCUAGACCGUCCAAGUCUCUCUCGCUUCCCUUCGGACAAUCUGGACCGUCCAAGUCAGAUAUCUCUCUUGGUGAUAGCGACUCUGGUACCAGUCCAACCUUUGAUUCUAAAGAAGCUGACACCAGCAUGGUGAUUGGGGCGGCAGAAGGCAAUAACGAGUCAGCCCUUGAAGGGGAUGAAGUGGAGAGUGUGAAAGGAAGUGUGGUAGGGAGUGAAACGGCAGAAAGCAGCAGUGGUACCAAGGGAGGUCACGUGGGUGCUGCUACUGCUGGUGAUGGCAUGCUUCGGAAUUUCUCUGAUACCAGUGACAGGAGCACAGACGGAGACGUGGAUGGGGCCAGAAGCAGCAAUGGCAGAUCGUGGGGAGUGGACAUGAUCAGGAAUGGGUCAGGCACUAGUACUGCCAGCACCAGCAGUGACAUCAGUGGCACCAGCAGCACCAGCAGCACCAGCAGCAGCAACACCACUAGUGGCGUUGAAAUCACCACCAGUGCCACUGACAUCACCACCAGCAGCACCAGCAGCGGUAGCCAUAGCCCCUGCAGUAGCCCCAAAACCAGGAAUGAAGAUUUGAAGUCUUCAGCAGCAGUAGCAGCAGCUGCACCAGCAAUGGCUAUGGUUACGCCUGGCACCACUCAACCAGCAGCGCUGUUUGAUUCUCUGGAGUCUGGGCUGGGGAGCGAAGCAGCAGGGGCUGAGUGUAUGUCUGCACCAACUGCUACCAGCAUAGGAGAGGAGAAACAUUUCACUACCAUACCGAUCCCAGCUGGUAUUACUGCUGCUCCUGGUUCACCUGAUGCAUCAUCUCCUGUGUCACCUGCUGUACCACCUGCCGAACCACCUGCCGAACCACGUGCCGAACCACCUGCCGUACCACCUGCCGUACCACCUGCUGAUUCAAUGCCUGCAGUAACCCCGGCUGCUGAAAAACCUGCUAUUACUUCAAUUGCACCAAACAGCACCAUCACUGCAACCUGCAACCCCAAACCUCAGAGCUACCUGCUACAUCAUGGCACCCUGGCAGCAUGGAGCUGCAUCAUCGCAGCUUGGCAACGCACCAUCACCGUUUGGAGAUGCACCAUCGCCACCGUUGCUCACCUGAUUGAAUUCCUCUUAACCAUCCUCUUCCUCUCAGACCACCCCUGCACGCCUGUCCGAUCUGCCAUGCCCUUCUCAAGACUGCGAAAGCAGGACCAGCGGACGCUUCCGAGAAGCUUUGCGGUGACCGAGGCGAUUGAGAUGGAGCGGGUGACUCGGAUUCGCAAGGCCCUUGGAGCGACUGUGAACGACCUUAUGAUGGCAGUCAUUGCUGCCGGGAUAGAGAGCUACGUGCAACACAGGUACCACGGUAACCACGGCUUUCAUGGCUCUCAUGGGUCAACGCAACAACACCAAGCAGGCAGCUUCGACCCCGAGUCAACCCAGCAGCAUCAGAAGCCAUGUGGAUGGAGGAGCAGCAGGAGUGGUGCUAUUCGGUUCAGAGCGGUGACAAUGGCUGAUUUGAGGAGAAGAACACGGAAGGGGCCACCUGUGUGGGGCAAUAAGCUUGGGAUAAACGUCAUCUCCCUCCCCAUCUCGCUUCAUCUUCCCCCUCUGCAUCCUCCUCCUCCUCUUCCCACUGCCAUCCUGGAGCAUGCCACAUUGGCCUCUCUGCCACGUGGCAUGACCUCCUCCACUGCCGUGCUGCCAAGUGUAACAAACAGCCACGUCAUCGAUAUGCCGGCACACUCAACACCGCCCGGCGCAGAAGCAAAAACCACAUGCGGGGGCAAGGAGAUGAGGAGAGUGCAGCGAGUGAGGGUGGAGUGUGGGCAGAAGAAGGUGUCCUGGGAAGCUCAUCUCACCAACCUCUAUGCCCGCCUCGCACUCGCCCUGCUCGGCCGCAAGGUGAUGGCAUGGCUGUUUGCGAGGGUGUCCCAACAAACCUCAAUCACAGUCUCCAACAUUGCAGGGCCGAAGGAAAAGCUGACUCUCUCCGGACAUGUUGUUUCGGCACUUACUAUAACUACAGUGGGCCAACACCAGGCCAUGACGUGUCAUAUUGAGUCAUACGCUGGUUAUCUGAAGAUUGUUGUUAGUGCGCUGGGUAACUAUGUCCCUGACGCUCCAAACAUGUGCUUCCAUUUCAUGAAGGCUUUUAGACGAUUGGAGAGGGAGACCUUAUGUUGUACAGGUCAUUAA